CAGUUCACUGCGUUUCCGUAGCCUGUGCUACCUGCUGAGCGCUGCUUGGCUGCUGCUGGAACAGCUCGCGGAAACGACUGGUCCCGACCGAACUGCGUUCAAGCUGGCAGAUUACGGUUCGGUACCGGAAAACACUCGCUCGGUCGGCGCUCGUGAGGCGCGUGUUUUCAGACACAGCUAGCAGCAGCAGCUUGUCUCAAUCCAAUUAAUGGUGGGUCGCUCGAUCAGCUGUCCUCGCCCCCAAGCGUCGCGUCGGUUCGGAGGAAAAUGAAGAAGUUCAACAUUCGGAAGGUGCUGGACGGGUUGACAGCGGCGUCCUCCUCCGCACCUGCUCAGCCCGGCACUUCCAGGGAGAACGACGCCGUCCAGGAGACCCUCCAGUCGGAACACUUCCAGCUGUGUAAGACUGUGCGUCAUGGUUUUCCACAUCAACCGUCCUCCAUGGCUUUUGACCCCGUACAGAAAAUCUUGGCAAUUGGGACUCAGACUGGAGCUUUGAGACUCUUUGGUCGAGCAGGUGUGGAGUGUUACUGUCAGCAUGAGAGCGGUGCUGCUGUCAUCCAGCUUCAGUUUCUUGUCAACGAGGGGGCGCUGGUGAGUGCCUUAGCUGAUGACAGCAUCCACCUGUGGAACCUGAGGCAAAAAAUCCCUGCUAUCCUGCACUCUCUCAAGUUUAACCGGGAGAGAAUCACAUACUGUCACCUGCCCUUCCAGAGCAAAUGGCUGUACAUCGGCUCAGAACGAGGAAACAUCCACAUUGUCAACGUGGAGUCCUUCACUCUCUCAGGCUAUGUCAUUAUGUGGAACAAAGCCAUCGAACUAUCCACUAAGACACAUCCAGGACCUGUUGUUCACAUCAGUGAUAACCCCAUGGAUGAAGGCAAGCUCCUGAUUGGAUUUGAGUGUGGAGUGGUUGUGUUGUGGGAUUUAAAGUGUAAAAAGGCAGACUAUCGCUACAAUUACGAUGAGGCAAUCCACUCAGUGGCUUGGCACCAUGAGGGUAAACAGUUUGUUUGCAGCCACUCCGAUGGCACUUUGACCAUGUGGAACGUUCGAGUCCCAGCCAAGCCUGACAAGAUCAUCACACCACAUGGAAAACAGCCUAAGGAUGGAAAAAAGCCAGAGCCAUGCAAGCCUAUCCUGAAAGUGGAGUAUAAAACUACAAGAGCUGGGGACCCUUUCAUGGUUUUGUCUGGUGGUCUUUCAUACGACACGGUGGGAAGGAGAGCCUGCUUGACUGUGAUGCAUGGAAAGAGCACUGCCGUCCUGGAGAUGGACUACCCCAUUGUAGACUUUUUAACGUUAUGUGAAACUCCUUAUCCAAAUGAUUUUCAGGAGCCUUAUGCUGUGGUGGUCCUCCUCGAGAAGGAUUUAGUUGUAAUAGACCUCGGACAGAUUGGGUACCCCAUAUUUGAGAGUCCGUACCCUUUGUCCAUCCACGAGUCACCAGUCACCUGUUGCGAGUAUUUCGCUGACUGCCCUGCUGAACUUAUACCUGCACUUUACUCUGUCGGCAGCCGGCAGAAACGACAAGGUUACAGCAAGAAGGAGUGGCCUGUUAGUGGUGGAAACUGGGGCCAAGGAGCUCAGAGUUACCCAGAGAUUAUCAUCACAGGACACGCUGAUGGUUCAAUCAAAUUUUGGGAUGCUUCAGCAUUGAUGCUUCAAGUGCUGUACAAGCUGAAGACUGCCAAAGUGUUUGAGAGGGCUCGUGGUAAAGAGGAGAAACCGAGUACAGACAUAGUAGAUGAAGACCCGUUUGCCAUCCAGACUUUGUUCUGGUGUCCUGAGAGCCGGAUGCUCUGUGUGGCAGGAGUGUCUGCUCAUGUUAUCAUCUACAGGUUCAGCAAACAAGAAGUCACCACUGAAGUUAUUCAGCUCCUGGAAGUGCGGAUGCAAAGUGACUUUAAUGACGUAGAUUCCCCUGACCCAGGUGGAGAGCAGACCCCCACCCUGCCAACUUCUGCAGCUUCCUGCAGCCCUCAAGAGACCGAGCCUCCCAACCAGCUCCCUGCAGGAAGCAACUCCUCUGAAGGACCCCGAGACAAUUUACCUUGCCUACAGGUGCGGAGCUCCCCGCUGAAGCAGUCUCAGGGCUACCAGGUGGAGCUGGUGAUCCAGCUGGUGUGGGUGAGUGGGGAGCCACCUCAGCAGAUCACCAGCCUUGCAGUCAACUCCUCUUACAGCCUUGUGGUGUUUGGAAACAGUAACGGACUGGCUGUGGUGGACUACCUGCAGAAAGCCCUGCUGCUCAACAUGGCCAUUUCAGAGCUGUACAGCCCGUCUGACCCAUGCCUCAGGCAACCUCGCUCCCCACGUAAACCACGCCAGCCCUCUGGAGGACUUGGUGACUCCAAUGAUGGGUCAAAUAACUCAGAGGACCGAUGCAAAUCACCUACGUCAGGAUCUACCUCACCAUAUAAUUCAGAUGAUGAUCGAAAACAGAACUUCAUAGAGAAGGUGAAGUUAAAAAGCAGACGUUUUUCCAAGACGGUUGCCAAUGACUUUGCCAAGAUGUCACGGAAAAUUAGCUCGCCUACAGAGCAAAAGCCAGAGCUGGCGUGUAGGACCCAGCGAGGGCACACUGUCACAUGUAAGAAGGAAAGCAGGAUGUGCCUGAGGGGGCCCAUCGGUAGAACUAAGUCAGACCCCAACUAUUAUAUCAAGGAUAAUGCGUUCAGCCGCUCCAGGAGUUCCAGUGUAACCAGCAUAGACAGAGAAUCACGGGAGGCCAUCUCCUCUUUUUACUUCUGUGAGAGUUUCCCCAGGAAGUCAGACAUCCUGGUCACCCCCUGUCUGCUACUGGGGACCACCCAGGGCUCUGUGAUGAUGCUGGCUCUCAGUCUGCCACCAGAUGGAGACCAGAGGCAGCCAGUCAGCUUCUCCUCCUGUGGCACCUUAGUCAGACUUAAAGGAGGGAUUUUGACUAUGGCCCUCCUUGAUGCUAAUGGAGCUCUGCUGCCCUCUUCCUUUGACCCUUGGUUUGAAUUGAAUGCCUCAGAUGAAGACAAAGAGAAGGGCCGGAGGCGCAGGCCAGCCUCUCCUCUGUCAUCACAGGAAGGCCAGUACUCUCAGUUUGCUGUGUUGUGUUCAGAGAAACAGGCCAAGGUGGUGGCCAUGCCCUCCCAGACCUGCGUCUACAAACACAACAUCACAGAGACGUCUUUUGUUCUGAGGGCUGAUGUUGUGCAGAUGGCCGGGGCUUACUGCAUUGCCUGUUUCUGUGCAAACGGCCACAUUAUGACUCUCAGUUUGCCCAGUCUACGGCCUCUGCUGGAUGUCAACUACCUGCCGCUCACAGACAUGCGGAUAGCAAGAACAUUUUGCUUUUCUAACUUAGGUCAGGCUCUAUACCUGACCUCCCCCACUGAGAUCCAGAGAAUCACCUACAGCCAGGAGACGUGUGACAACCUACAGGAGAUGCUCAGUGAGUUGUUCACCCCUGUGGAGACACCAGAGGCUCCGAACAGAGGAUUCUUCAAAGGCCUCUUUGGUGGAGGAGCUCAGUCUUUGGACAGGGAGGACCUCUUUGGAGAGACGACAGCAGGUAAAGCCUCCCGCAGCCUGGCCCAGCACAUCCCAGGCCCCGGCAGCAUGGAGGGCAUGAAGGGGGCAGCGUCUGGGGUGGUGGGUGACCUGGCCAGGGCCAGGAUAGCUCUGGAUGAGAGGGGCCAGAAACUGGGCGAGCUGGAGGAGAGAACAGCAGCCAUGAUGGCCAGCGCCGAGUCUUUCUCCAAACACGCUCAUGAUAUGAUGCUGAAGUACAAAGAUAAGAAGUGGUACCAGCUCUGAUGGCAGUGUGUGGACUGUUGGACUUUGAUCAUGAACACCAGUAUCUCUGAGGAGCUGGAGGUCCUUCUUUCCUUCUUCUCUUUUUUUCCUUCCCUCAUUCGACAGAAUUGUGCUUCUUCUUUUUUUUCUCGACACAGUCUCUUGACUUUGCAGAACAGCCAGUAAGAUGGGAAUGAAAAGAAACAGAGGGAGCAGCUCUGUGGCAUCUCCUCUGUUUUACCUGAUGGAGAAAAUGUGUAGAGCUCUUAAGGAUGCACUCCAUCACAACACUCACAGAUAUAUAUAUACCUACAGAUUUUUGUUCUGAGGGAGGAAAACGCUGUAUGGGAAAAGGCCAAUUUACACCUGCUUUCCUUUCUAAACCCUUUAUUGUGUCUGCCAAACACCUUAACGAGGAGAAAAGUCUGAUCGUUUGAAACUAAUCAAAUAGGAAUGUUUGGACCUCUGUUUGUUAAAUUAUUUUGUUUUCUGCCACGUAUCAGUCACCUGCAUCUGUUGUAUUUUGUGUAUAGAAAGAGUAUAUCAAGAUCUUAGAGUGAGUAAAACUCCAGUUGGAAUCUGUUGCCUCUCUGAAUAAGGGCUGGUAGUUUGAUCACCAACUAUACUUUAUCAAAAGUUGCUUUGGUUGGAAACUGCUUUUUUCCACUUUGUUUAUUAUAGAAUGAAGUAGAUUUUUAUGGGAGAAGAUUAUAUAUAUAUAUAUAAAGGAGAAGAAAUGUGUGUUGGGCAUUUUUGUUUUAUUUGUUAAAUAAGUUUGCAACAGAGUGCUGAAAAUGUUUACCCCAAUGAAUAGUUUACAUUGAUCUGUCAGAUGAAAUGAUCCACUGGAAACCCUGAAGGUCUAAUGUUUUGUGGCUUUCAUGUUUUUUUUUUUUUUUUUUUUUGAGAAUAUUGAAGGUGUUAACAGGCCAAACAAAGAUUGUCCUUAAUAUAAAAAGCCUAAAUGUAUAUUUUGGUUACGAUUUAAAUAUUUCUGUGAUAAAGGUUUAUGUGUACAUGAUUGCGCAGACUUGUUGUGGAUAUUCUUGUGUAGCUGGGUUGAUUUUGUCUUGUCUCCUCACUGCAUUUAGGAAAAGGCACAUGUGUCUUACAGCACAAUGGAAGUGAGGAUGUUCUUCUUGUACUUGUAGCUGCCAGCAGAAAGGACCGAGCACAACAACUUGUUGUACACCCUGCCACAGCUCGUCUCUUUCAGAACCUUUCACAAAAAAAACAACUCUUCUUUUGCCUUUUGCCUCAUGACACACAUGCUAACCUCUACACACACUCCAACAUACAUGUAUGCAGGAGUGUGCUUCUGAUACUACAUAGAUGCAGUGUAUUACUGUGAGGUUUUUGCUUAGUGUUUUUUCAAUGUGUUUAAAUUUUUGGUUCUUCACAAGUUGCAAGGAUAUGCUGCUAUUUGUUUCAGUAUAGGAGCAUAAUCUGGUCUUUAUUUUGGAAAAAGUGUUGAGACUUUGUAGGUCCAGUUUUCUGCCAAAUGUUGUAAAUAUUGCGACAGCUGGACACAAAUCUGACAGUGCAGAUGAUGAUGUGUACGCUUCCAGCCAUGUUCUGUUCUCACACCAAAGAGUUGCCUAAUUUCACAGAGUUGUCUUGAUUUCCUCCCCUCUAAAGGAUCAGACUAAUGCUAGUUUGACACUUGUGGUCCACUGUGUGUGAGAAGGGAUGCCAAAUGGUGGCUUCUCUUGCUAUUUUAUUUAAUUUAAACUGCUGUACAUGUGUUCAGAAAUUAAACAAUGACUUUGAA